AUCUAGUUCAAAAACAGAUGGGCUAUAUAAGUAAACUGCCGAGAUAUGUUGCUGCGUUUACUUCAUGUGAAAAUGUUGUGCAAAAGUCUAUUCUUCGUGAUUUUAGUGGUGUCUGUCAUUGCCGAGCACUGGCAACAGCCACAGUCUGAAUGUGACUUCAGAGGGGGCGAAUGUAUGGCUGCUGUGGCCGAUGAAUGGGCGAAAUGCGACGUGUCUUUGCCAUUUUCUUGUGGUACAGUAGGAGGAUUUUGCUGUAUGAAACGUAAAGUGUAUCAGGAUGAAUGCACUAUCAACGGAGGAAGAUGCCAGUACUCAUUCUUCAGUUCAGAAUAUCCGAACCAAUGCGACAUUGCCGAGCUACCUUACAGAUGUCCGUACACUUUAGGUUCAGCUAUAUGCUGCUUCCAACCCCCUUCCAACCCUUACCGGUACCCCCCAACCCCUUACACUUACCCAAUUUAUGACCCUCAGAAUAUGCUAUUAGGCGCUUCUCCAUCCCAGUCGAGUCCAUUGGGUUCAAAGGCUAAUUAAACGGUAGUAACAAAAGAUGUUUACUUCAUUCGUUUAAAUCUAUACAAAUUCUAUAUAAUUUUCUUCACAAUUCUCUGUAUCUACCUCUUAUAUAUUUGGUUUAAUGGAGUUUCGCGACAGUACAAUCGAAAAAAAGAAAAUUUGUUUUCAUUAAAGAACCACUUUUUAUUUACUCAUUUGAAAGUCUGUUCCACGAAAUAACGAAUUUUUUUUUCAAAAUGCUAGACUUAACGUUUAACGCAUUAUUUAUCAUUCAAUAAUGCAUACUAAUAUUCUUUCCUUAUCCAACGUUUUGUUCUCAGUCAAAAAUAUAUUGAGUUAUAUUGGUAAGUGCAUAAAUUUAGAUUUAUUUAAUGCACAUAUUCAGACAUUGAUUGGUGUUUCAAUAAUUUUUGUCCCUCGUGAGUUAUAUUAUCAAACCUUCUGAUCGACCUUCGUCCUUUUAGAUCUUCUUCAAUGUUCAAUACAUAUUAUCUCUCUGCUCUAUCGCUAAUUAGUUACAAUUAAAAUUUCUAGAUACAAGUUAAUAAUAUAAUUACAAAACAUAUAUAUUUGUUUCUAUAUGCCAAUGUAUUCGAACUAAAUUAUGAUUGAAACGUGUCUUUGAUUACCAAUGAAUUUAUUAUUGAUAAAUGUUUACCAACAAUUGUGAUUUAAUUUUUGUUUAUUACAAUAAGAAUAUAUAUUUUAUUAUGCAGUACA